CCUCUCGCCACGCCCACCCAAAAUGAGUGCGCAACACAGUCUACCCGCUCGCUUCCCUCACAACUCUAGCGGAUCCCCCAAAGCUUGACAAGCGAUGAAGAGGAGGCUCCAGAAGAAAUACUUGCUUCUGAUCCUCGCCUACACGGGAUUGCUUCUGCUUAUCCCGUAUGUGUUCGACUUCGGGGAGCGCUCCCUGCAGCGCUCCAAGCACGGGCUCCUGCAGCAGCAGCAGUCUCGGUGCUCGGACCUGAAGAACGCCGUGGAUCUGCUGUGGGAGCACGGCUACAAAGUGGACGGCUCCAACGGUACGGAACCGCCGGAGCAUGGAUCGCCACGCACUCACAUCUAUCUGCACGCCACAUGGAGAACCGGCUCAUCGUUCCUGGGCGAGCUUUUCAACCAACACCCGGACGCUUUCUACCUGUACGAGCCCAUGUGGCACAUCUGGCAGGCCCUUUACCCGGGCGACGCGGGGAGCCUGCAGGGCGCCGUCCGCGACAUGUUGAGCUCGCUGUUCCGCUGCGACUUCUCAGUGCUCAAGCUGUACGCCGGGUCGCAGAACCUGACCACCGCCUUCAUCUUCGGCUGGAAGAUGAACAAGGUUGUGUGCUCCGAGCCACUGUGCGACGCCCACCAACGGCACCGCGUCGGCCUGGUGCAAGAGGACCGAUGCGCCAAGUGCCCCAAGCGGGAUAUCCGCGAGCUGGAGCGGGAGUGCAAGAAGUACCCGGUGGUGGUGAUCAAGGGGGUACGCGUGCUGGAUCUUGGGACCCUCGUGCCCCUCAUGAAGGAUCCGGAUAUCAAGCUGCAGAUCGUGCAGCUAUUCCGGGAUCCGAGAGCCGUGCACAACUCUAGACUCAAGUCCAAGCAGGCCCUUGUCAAGGAGAGCAUCCAGGUGCUGCGCAGCAAGAAGCACAACGACAAAUACAAGCGCCUGCUGGUACCCAACAACCGCCUGAACCGUGCUGAGAACUACGUAUCCAGCGCCAUGGAGGUCAUCUGCGACAAUUGGUUGGGGGACAUGAUGCUGGUGACCAACGCGCCGCCGUGGGUGCGGCGCAGCUACCACCGCGUCCGCUACGAGGACCUGGUGCUACAGCCGGCCCAGGAGCUGCAGAAGCUUUACCGUUUCGCCAACCUGACCGCGUCGCCAGCGCUGGAGAGCUUCGCGCUCAACAUGACACACGGCCGUGGCUACUCGUCCGACCGACCCUUCCUCAUCUCGUCCAGAGACGCCAAGGAGGCGAUCUACGCGUGGAGGGAGAGGCUCAGCGUGGAGCAGAUCGAGCAGGUGGAGGCCUACUGCAACGAGGUCAUGAGGCAGCUAGGCUACCCUAAGCACGGCGUUGACAAAAACGCAUGAGGACGGCGACAAAAUCAGAUUUCUCCGUAGCCUGCAAGUCAAGACGGAGGGCAAAAAGGUGGACCAACAGCUGGAACGCCGUUGGAACAUGGCCGCUUCUUCCAGAGCUGGAGGGCGGAGGGUUCUUGACACGUGAACGCCCGUUUUUAGUCCCACUAAUCUCCCCCCAAUCCCAGUAAAAGUUGGGUGGAUCCCGGCAGAGCCUCACCUUGACGUGACUGGGCUAAGUGGAUCUGCUAAAAGUCAAAAGUUCAAGGAGACUGUGCGUGUAUGGUGAGGCCUUCGUGAGGAAGCGUGGUCCCUCCCCCUCCCGCUUCUCAUUCCAAGCCCCCUGAGGAAUCUGGACAGCUGCAGCAGCACCACACUGACAAAACGCUCACUAGGGCGGGAUCUUCCAGCGACAGUAUUAAGACUGUUCUUUUUUUGUUUUGUUUUUUUACAUAUGGUACGGAUUAGGGUUGCAAAAUCGGUCAUCUGAGAAACUUUCCAUGGGGAGUGAUGGGGAAUUGAACAAAAUGGAGGGUUGAAUUUUAAAAAGAAAAUCGGAUUAAUCAUCUUUUAAACAAUUGGAUUUCAUGCAAAUUUAGUGUUAAAGUAAUUAAAGUAUUGCGGUCGCGGCAAAAAACUAUCAAGUGAAAUGAUAGGUUUCAUGUGUUAAUGACCGAUUUGACGAUAAAACUUUCACUUAGGGCUGCAGCUACCGAUUAUUUAAGUAAUCGGUUAUUGAUUAAUUAGUUUGAAUAAUUGAGGAAUCGGAUUACAAACAUUUAAUCCUUUGCAGAUAUAAAUUUUAGGAGAUAUAGAGGAAAGAAACAAGUGUUUAUGUUUGCAACAAUAUUUAUUUUGGCUUGUUAAGAUUGCACUUUCAAAAGAGUAUUAAAUGCGAAUACAAAAUUUCUUUCUUCAAACUAUGUAAAAUUACACUUUUGUUAAAAAAAUUAAAUACCUGAGUUUAGGAAAAAUAAGAUAAACGAGGAUCUAAGUACAUCAAAAGAACAAUUGGCUAACUUCCGCUAAAAGUCCGCUAGCUUAAAUGCUAUAAGAUACUUUUUUCUUUUUCUUUGUUUUUUUUUUACAAAGUACUUAAAAAAUUAAAAAACUUAAAAAUAUAUCACGUUAAAAACUGAAACUUGAAAACAUAAACACUAUUACGUUAAAACCACGAAACCUACCGCAUUAUAAUGUAAAAUUUCACGUUAUAAAACGGUUUUCAGGACAGACUGACACCUGUUCUGUUAAAAACGUAUUACAAUGCAACGUGAAACUUUUGGCGUUAGGUAAUCUUUAAUGUUAAGUAAUCAAAACGUGAAACUUUUUACGAUGAAAUGUCUAAACGUAUCACGUUAAAAUCUGAAACUUAUAACGUGAACGCUGUUACGUUAAAAACAAGAAACCUACCACACCAUAACGUCAAACUUUUUAUGGUAAAGUUUUCACGAUAGGCUGUGAAACUGUUUACGUCAAAACGUGAAAGUUAUUACGUUCUAUUGUGAAAUCUGUUUGGUUAAAAACAUGAAACAUGUAAACUUAUCACGAUAAAAUGUCUGAACGUAUGACAUAAAAAUCUGAAACUUGUAACGUGAACGCUGUUACAUUAAAAACACGAAACCUAGCACGUUAUAACGUGAAACUUUUUACUUUAAAAUGUCUUAAGCUAUCACGUAAAAACCUAAAAUGUAACGCUUUUACAUUAAAAACAAGAAACUAUAACGUGAAACUAUUUUCAUAAUAAACUGCGAAACAGUUUACGUAAAAACUUCGAAACAUAUUAAAAUGUGAAACUUAUUAUAACAUGAAUUUGUUGUAAAAAUAUUAGGGGUGUCAAACGAUUAAAAUUUUUAAUCGAGUUAAUUACAGCUUAAAAAUUAAUUAAUCGCAAUUCAAACCAUCUAUAAAAUAUGCCAUAUUUUUCUGUAAAUUAUUGUUGGAAUGGAAAGAUAAGACACAAGAUGGAUAUAUACAUUCAACAUACGGUACAUAAGGACUGUAUUUGUUUAUUAUGAGAAUAAAUCAACAAGAUGGCAUUAACAUUAUUAACAUUCUGUUAAAGCGAUCCAUGGAUAGAAAGACUUGUAGUUCUUAAAAGAUAAAUGUUAGUAGUAAGUUAUAGAAAUUUUACAUAAAAACCCCUCUUAAUGUUUUCGUUUUAAUAAAAUUUGUAAAAUUUCCCCCCCC